AUGCCAGCAAAUACUGAGGAGCUGUGCCAGGCGGUGUUAGGCUUCGUCACUGAGGGCACUUAUCCCGAGGAGAGUGUAGUUGCUGGUAAGUUCCCGGCAGCUGCUCUCGCCAGGGAACUCGAGCUUAUAUCGAAGGCGCGUGAGCAAGUAGAGAAUGAGAUUAGCUCCUUGAGUCGCGAGAACACCACCUUCGAUGCAGAUGACUGGAUCAUCCAAGCGAAGCAACUCCACGCCGACAUAGAACGCUCAAGAUUGACUGCGCGAGAAAUAGUCGCGCAGCAUGAGCAUACCGAACCCCUGCAAGCGAAGGUUGAAGAUGCAAGAGCCAAGGUCGCAUUGGUUGAGACGGAGAUUGCCUUCAAUGAGGCUGUAGCGGGCACCCUAGAGGAAGUGCACCGUCUAUGCCAGCAGCUGGAAAUAGGGCGAGCUGCCCUCAGAAAUGGUCAGAUCACCACUGCCAUUGAGCAAUUGGAGUCGACCGACGCAGCUGUUGGAAAGGAUGCCUUCUUUACCAAUACAAAUGUGAUGGGUAUACUCUCUGACGAGGUAUCACUUCUACGAUCGGAGAUUUCCCAGGCGCUUCGUUCACGCUGGGCUGAUCAAUUGAACGUUGAUCGACAACAAGGGGAAUUCCAUGUCUCCAGCGCAGCUGCAGCUGCAGAUUCUCUUGAGAGCACUAUUACGUUGCUGGCCCGACUGGAUAUACUCGCAUCUGCCAAUGAGAAGCUGCAAAAAGAUCUACUAUCUGCGAUCGUAAAUCCGAUCUUGCAACCUCACCCUGAUGGAACCAGCCAUGGUGUGGUGGUGACGGAGACUGGCAUUCACAUUGAGCCCGAGGCCUCAAAGACAACCGCUCUAGAGACCUUGGAUCGGAUUUCCAGCGUUUUGGGCUACUUGCGACAUAAUAUACCGUCGUCGGUGUCUGCAACUUUCUCCGAAUCAUUCAUUGUGACUAUUUCCUCGAAGGUGAUAUCCGAGUGGCUGUCUCCUGCCAUUCCCACCGAUUUAGGUGGCCUCGGCGAGUUUGAGAAUACCCUGAACCACGUUUUACAGUUCACCAAGCAGGUGGAUUCUUGGGGUUGGACUGGUCAAGAAGAGCUCGUCUCGUGGGUCAAUCAAGCCCCACGCCUGUGGCUGACUCGGCGUAGAGUCGACUCGCUCGAUAGAGUUCGCAAGGUCCUUGCUGCCAGUCAGGGAACAACGAAACAGGUCGAACGAAUUGAAAAGGAAAAGGUUUCUCAGGCUGAGGGCGCUCUAUUGGAGACUGAAGGCAAUGAUGACUGGGAUGCGGACUGGGAUGACGAUAAAGAAGACGAGCCCAAGGAAGCAGAAACAACAAAGCCCGAGGAGGAAGAGGAAGACGUUAGUGCGUGGGGUCUUGAUGACGAGGAGACUGAGGAGACUCCCGAUCAGGCCAAACCUGCUUCCAUAGAAGACGAUGAUGCUGAUGAUGAUGCUUGGGGCUGGGGCGAUGAGGAUGAAGAUGACCAUAAAGUCGAUAAUAAACCCCCGCAGCCCCAGAACACAGCAGCGACAAAACCAACCGGGUCUUCAUCACCAAAAGAGGUCACCCUAAAGGAAGUCUUCACAAUCACCGAUAUCCCCGAAUCUGUUCUUGGGGUUGUCCAGCAGCAAAUCACCGAUUCAAAGGAUAUUUUGCAGCCUGCUCAUGCCAAUUCCCGCGUCGCUUCUUCUGGUGCUGGUCUUCUUGCACUGCCGACCUUGAUCUUGGCUAUGUUCAAAGCUACAUCAUCCACAUUCUACUCGCUGAAGCUUACUUCAGGGCAGAUGUAUCUUUAUAAUGAUAGUCUGUACCUUGCCGAGGAAAUCCGGAAACUGGUCGAGGAACAUGAUCUCUCCAGACUUCAGCCUGAUGUUGAAGCUUUGGAGAAAUUUGGCAAACUUGCGUAUAGCAAAGAGAUGCAGACGCAGCGCACGAUCGUCACAGAUCUGCUUGACGGAGCCCAAGGAUUUGGACAAUGCUCCGAGCAGCCAUUCCAGGCAGACUGUGAGAACUCUGUUAGCGCAACCGUCGACCGAAUUCGUGAUGUUUACAAGGAAUGGCAACCCAUACUGUCUCAUUCUGCGCUCCUCCAAUCAGUUGGAUCUCUCUUGUCUACCGUGAUCAAUAAGGUGGUCAUCGAUAUCGAAGAUUUGGGUGAUAUCUCGGAGGAUCAGUCACGGCAACUGGUCUCCUUCUGUAAUCAACUUUCAAAAUUGGAGGACCUCUUCAUGCCUGAGCCAGAUGGUGGCGCCGAGGCAUUGCCCGUCACUGCCAUCUACGUUCCGAGCUGGUUCCGUUUCCAAUACAUGAUCAAUAUUCUCGAGAGCUCUUUGGCCGAUAUCAAAUUCCUUUGGCUCGAAGGAGAGUUGGGCUUGGAGUUCUCUGCUGAGGAAGUGAUUGAUCUGAUCGAGGCCUUGUUUGCAGAGUCUGAUCACCGGAGACGCCGAGUGGAGCCAUCUCCGCGCUCUGCGCAAGUGUGCCGCACGGGUCACCGUAUUUUUUCCUCACCCGCCGAAAAUGCGACAGCCACCAAAAAAGAUUCCAUCUGCAACAUCGGCACCAAUUUGAACGAUUUCAAAAUGAGUGAAGAUUUGGUCACAUCCGCUGCGGCAGAAUCCGCACAGAGACAAGUUCGAGUGCAGCUUAUCAGCCAACAGGAGGAUAUUGCUCUGCCUGAAAGCACCGGUCCAAUUCUUGUUCCUACUGGGCUUCGACGAUAUGCGCUGUCGACACUUGUGAACAACCUUCUUUCAAGCGAAAAGCCCAUUCCAUUUGAGUUUUUGAUCAAUGGAACUUUUUUGCGGACCUCAAUUGAUGAAUAUUUGGUCGAUAACGGUAUCUCUGCUGAGACGACCCUCGAGAUUGAAUAUGUUCGAGCUUUGAUUCCCCCCCUGCACAUCGCCUCGUUCCAGCACGACGACUGGGUCAGCGCGACAGACGUCCUUUCCACGACUUCACCUGCUGCAUCCUGGGCCUCAGGUGCGACUUUCACCCCGGGCCAGGAAAGAAUCCUAUCAGGAAGUUAUGAUGGUCUGCUCCGGAUCUGGAAUAUGUCUUCUGAGACUAUUGCGACCUCCCCUGCCGCCGCCGAUGGUGGCCACACCGCCUCUAUCAGAGCCGCUAAGUUCGUUUCGCCCAACCAGAUCGCAUCGGCUGGUCUUGAUCGCACGGUCCGAUUGUGGAAGUAUACCGAGGGUGAAGGUGGUUUCACUGGGAAAAUUUCUCCUCAACUGGAGCUGUACGGUCACAAGGCUGGAAUCGAGUCACUAGCAGUUCACGCCAAGUCCAACCGUCUGUUGACUGGUUCUGCAGACAACACCGUUGGAUUCUGGUCAACCAAGAAGGCCGAUGCCCCGGCAGCACCUGAGAACUUGCUUCCUUCUAGCAAUGCACGGAACACGAAGCGCCGCAAGCUGAACACAUCCGUCACCACACCGCAACGUGGUCCUCUGACCCUUCUGUCAGCUCACACAGCACCUGUUUCUGCUGCUAUUUUCGACGGAAAAGAUGCUACCGUUGGUUACUCGGCAUCAUGGGAUCACUCCCUGCGGACCUGGGAUUUGGUCACCGGUGCUCUGGUUGAUACCCGCACCACAUCACACUCCCUCCUCUCGCUCGAGCACCUCCCCGAACUCAGCCUCUUGGCUGCCGGUACUGCCGCCCGCCAUAUCACUCUGAUUGAUCCCCGCGCAUCUGCUACGACUGUGUCUGCCAUGACUCUCCGCGGCCACACCAACGCUGUUGUGAGCUUGGCCCGUGACCCCCAUAGCACAUAUGGUCUCAUUAGCGGUAGUCACGACGGAACGUGCAGAAUUUGGGAUAUCCGAUCCACUAAGACAGACAAGGAAGGUGUUGUUGGUGAGAGUGUUUACUCGAUUACCCGUAAGAGCCUCGAGGAGGAGGGCAAGUCGGAUAGCAAGCGGGUUGGCGGUGAAGGUGUUAAGGUGUUCAGCGUGAGCUGGGACAAGACAGUGGGCAUUGUCAGCGCGGGUGAGGAUAAGCGGAUCCAAAUCAACCGCGGCGAAGGCGUGCUGUCUUCGCAGGCAUGA